AUGUCCCUGCACUGGCAGGCUACUUUGAACAUAGAGUUCGCCGGCGUAUGGCACGUGGACUAUCAGAAUUCUGAUCACCAGAUCAGUUCGGAACCUACAAUGUGCGCCGUUGUCAAUGUCAACCGAAGAAUGGGUGCUUACCUCACCGAGAACAAUAUCCGAAUGGGGCCUCAACAGACUCGUCGGAACAAUCGGGAUUACGUACCCUAUGCUGUGAAAUCGUUUGGCAGCGGCGCAGCGCAGCUCAAGGACCCAUGGAAUGAAAGGUCUCAGGGUCGUUCGAAUUCGCCUAUGCCGGCCCCACCUGUGCAGUCACGGUGGACGAACAAGGCGACGGUUCUUCUAGGCGUCGAGCUGCCGAUCACACUUCGUAAUCUCGCAAGACCUGAUAACAAUGGCAACUUCUUGUUCUACCCCGGUGCUUAUGAGCUCACGCGUUCGACGCUAGUAGACUUUUGA